UCGCCCACGAAGCACCGGUUGGCGGGUUCACAGAGUCUUGGAACGACCAUCACGUCGCUACAUUGAAUUAGCUGUUUGAUUAAAAACAGCCGAAGGAGAUUAAGGGCAAUGGCAAAACAAAUUCAUCAUUGCGGGAAAAUGGUUGAAGCCGAUCGGCCUGGGAAGCUCUUCAUUGGUGGUCUUAAUACAGAAACAAAUGAGAAGGCCCUUGAAGCAGUGUUUGGCAAAUAUGGACGAAUCAUAGAAGUACUACUGAUGAAAGACCGGGAAACAAACAAAUCCAGAGGGUUUGCUUUUGUCACCUUUGAGAGCCCAGCAGAUGCUAAAGAUGCAGCCCGAGAUAUGAAUGCAAAGUCUUUGGAUGGGAAAGCAAUUAAAGUUGAACAAGCAUCUAAACCAACAUUUGAAAGUGGAAGACGUGGACCACCGCCACCUCCAAGAAGCACAGGCCCCCCGAGAGGUCUUCGAGGUGGAAGAGGAGGCAGUGGAGGAACCAGGGGACCCCCUUCACGUGGGGGGCAUAUGGAUGAUAGUGGUUAUUCCAUGAAUUUCAAUAUGAGUUCUUCCAGGGGACCACUUCCAGUGAAAAGAGGUCCACCACCACGAAGUGGAGGGCCACUUCCUAAGAGGUCAGCUCCUUCGGGACCAGUGCGCAGCAGCAGUGGAAUGGGAGGAAGAGCACCUGUGUCCCGUGGAAGAGAUAGUUAUGGAGGCCCACCACGAAGGGAACCCCUGCCCUCCCGUAGAGAUGUUUAUUUGUCCCCAAGAUAUGAUGAAUAUUCUACUAAAUACAGUUAUUCCAGCAGAGAUUACCCCAGUUCUCGUGAUGCAUGAGAUUAUGCACCACCACCAAGAGAUUAUACCUAUCGUGAUUAUGGUCAUUCCAGUUCACGUGAUGAGUAUCCCUCCAGAGGCUAUAGUGAUAGAGAUAGCUAUGGUCGUGAUCGUGACUAUGCAGACCAUCCAAGUGGAGGUUCCUACAGCUAUGGUAACUCACGCAGUGCUCCACCUACACGAGGGUCCCCGCCAUCUUAUGGUGGAAGCAGUCGCUAUGAUGAUUACAGCAGCUCACGGGACGGAUAUGGUGGAAGUCGAGACAGUUACUCAAGCAGCCGAAGUGAUCUCUACUCAAGUGGUCGUGAUCGGGUUGGCAGACAAGAAAGAGGGCUUCCCCCUUCUAUGGAGAGGGGGUAUCCUCCUCCACGUGAUUCCUACAGCAGUUCAAGCCGUGGAGCACCAAGAGGUGGUGGCCGUGGAGGAAGCCGAUCUGAUAGAGGGGGAGGCAGAAGCAGAUAUUAAAACCAAACAAAACUUUGGACCAAAAUACCUGUUCAAAGAAACAAAAAAAUGGAAACUAUUCUGUCAUAACUGCCCAAGAACUAUUAAGG